CCAGUACAGCUCACAAGUCAUGGAACUUCAGCCUGUUUAUUAUGAGCCUGGGAGCUUUAUUGAAACAACCACUGGCAACAAGGUGAGCCGCCAGUCUGUUCUGUGUGGCUCCCAAAACACCAUCCUCACUGGCAAGAACAUCGUGGACUCUGGGGCCAUCAUUCGGGGCGACCUGGCCAGCAUUCGAACGGGACGCUAUUGCAUCGUGGGACGGCGGGCGGUGCUGCGGCCGCCGUUCAAGAAGUUCAGCAAGGGCGUCGCCUUCUUCCCGACCCACAUCGGCGACCAUGUGUUCAUCGGCGAGGGCUCCGUAGUCAACGCCGCCUCGGUCGGCAGCUACGUGUACAUCGGCGCCAACUGCGUUAUCGGCCGUCGCUGCAUCCUGAAGGACUGCUGCUACAUCGAGGACAACACUGUGCUGUCUCCGGAGACGGUGGUGCCGUGCUUCGCGCGCUUCGGCGGCUCGCCGGGCCGCUUCCUCUCAGAGCUGCCCGAGUGUGCGCAAGACCUGAUGAUUGAGUUCACGCGAAACUACCAUAAGAACUUCGUGGCGGGGAAGUGAGGCUGGCGCGGCUGCGAGCGGCGACUCGAGAGGCCCGGCGACUCGAGAGGCCCGACGGCUUGAGAGACCCGGCGGCUUGAGAGGCCCGGCGGCCCGAGAAGCCCGGCAGCUCGGGAGGCUCGGCGACCAGUCUGCUCGCUGGUGCCGCAGUUGUGGUGCUUCGCACGAUUGGUGGACUCCCGCGACCUCUGCUGCGAGUGUUUCGGCUCAGUCCGGGACCAGGCGUGGAGGACGGCUCGGCCCCGCAGCCUGGUGUGCAGCUGCGAGCAGAGUUGUCGCGAGGCCUUGGGAGUGGAGGAUGAUGAGCUGGGUCGAAGGGGUGAAGAGAGAUCGUAACAGUGC